AUGGCGAAGGUGAAAGGAUCAACCAGCAGCGGUUUAAAACUGUUAUAUUUUCCUGUUCUUCUAUGGAUCGUGUAUGUCGAAGUAUGUCCUUGUGCUGCCGCGUCAUCUGCUGUGUACAUGCGGGCAAAUGUUCCGAAUAAUAUUGGAGAUGCUACUUUUUUCAACGCAGGUUCAAGUUUGGAAUGUCUAAGAAUUUGUCGUAAAAUAACAGCUGGGGAACUGUUCUUGUUUACUGCUACUACUCAACCACACUGUGUAUGUUUUUCCGGAAGCUCAGUGGUCGCGACGUUUGUUGAAAACGCCAUUGGUGAUGGUGUAUAUGGAAAACUGUUGACAUCGCACCCAUCUGAUUGCCUUGACGCCUACAACGGGGGACAAACAGCUGAUGGCGUCUACAAUAUCCAGCCAUUGGGUGGCGAGCCGACGACGGCCUGGUGUGACAUGACAAAUGGCGGUUGGACUGUCAUUCAACGAAGAAUGGACGGUUCGGAGAACUUCGAGAGGCUAUGGGCGGACUACGCAGCCGGAUUUGGAAGCUGUGAAGCGGAAUAUUGGCUUGGCCUUAACAAUAUACACCUUCUUACAACUAUGUCCAGCUCGUUCAUGGUUGAACUAGAAGCGUGGCCCGGGGAAUCAGUUAUGACUCACUUUGAAACGUACAGUAACUUCAGCGUUGGAUCAGAGGCUACCAAUUUCACACUUCAUGUUGACGGCUUCGUUGAAAGCAACAACAGCUUCGUAAGUUCGUUUAUUGAUAGUCAAAGCGGACGACCAUUUUCUACAGAAGACAGAGAAGCCGAAAACUUUUUAAACAGAAACUGCUCAUGGCUUACAAGAGGACCCUGGUGGCACGCACACGACUGUUUCCCGUUGUCGCUAAAUGGGGUGUAUUUCGUCGGUGGAACCUACAACUCCACGCGUUGGUUGUACGAGGGUAUUGAGUGGUACAGACUCUGGAAGUACACCUACUCACUGAAGACAAGCGUGAUGAAAAUCAAAAGAAAUUAA